GAAGUGAAUGUUGGCUUAAGAUUUUUGUGACUGCUGCUCUUAGUUGUAGCUUCUCCAAAACUGGUUCUGGAGCAGUUCAGAUAUACAGCCUCCGGUAGAAGUGGCCUUCUUUAGGUGACCAUACACUUGUUUUUUUUGUGUGUUUUUUUAAAUUUCCACGACGGGAAGAAGUUGAGCCUACAGUAUAUAGUUUUUUUUUCCUGUUAUAAAGUAUGGGCCUGAUUGUUGUGGAGCUGUAUUGGAAGCAUGCACCCAAGACUUGUAAGAAUUUUGCGGAACUAGCCAGACGAGGUUAUUACAAUGGCACAAAGUUUCAUAGGAUAAUCAAGGACUUCAUGAUUCAAGGGGGAGAUCCUACAGGAACCGGUAGAGGAGGAGCAUCCAUUUAUGGCAAACAGUUUGAAGAUGAACUUCAUCCAGAGCUGAAGUUUACAGGUGCAGGAAUCCUUGCUAUGGCAAAUGCAGGACCAGAUACAAAUGGAAGCCAGUUCUUUGUCACAUUAGCACCAACUCAGUGGCUUGAUGGGAAACACACUAUAUUUGGUCGUGUUUCACAAGGAAUUGGAGUAGUCAACAGAGUGGGCAUGGUAGAAACUAAUGCACAAGAUCGUCCAGUGGAUGAUGUGAAACUUUUGAAGGUUUACCCAUCUGGCUAGAAUAGAAUUGUAACAGUUUUUUAAAAUCAAAUUGUAUUGUUUUCAAUUUUUUCGAAGAUAUUUGUUGCGUUCCAAGAGUUAUUGUGUAAAAUUAUUUUGUACUAAAUGCAUUUUCAGAAUUUGCCAUCAACUUUUCUAUUAAAGCUAAAUUCAUGAAAUGGCUCGAGUUAUUUGAAGGGAGGAGGUACCAUCAGAUUAUGGUGUGGCAGUUUUUCUAAUCUUUAUUUUGUCUACUACAUCUGGUUGAAUUAAAGUGCAGAAAUUGAAAACAGGCAAAGGCCAGAA